AUGUUUGGCAGGGGACCGAACCAGUCGCAAUCCGUGCCUCUUGCUCGAACCGUCAUGACGGGCGGGCAAUGGCACAUCCGCCGCUCGCAUUCCAGGCCCAUGUCCCGCUCCUCCGCCGCCGACGAAGAAUCCUCUCGCUUUCCUGCCACGACCCUGCGGCUCGCGCAGCGACAUCGGCUACCCUGCCGGCGGCCAGACGACUUGGGUUGGUGCGAGGUUGACUUCCCGCGACACGCCGAAUUGGCUCGAAGAUUCAAGGCCGAAGCCUGGCGCCCCCCCUCCCUCCAGUCUCUCCAGGAGAGCUCGUGA